UAGAAAAUUAGGUCCGUAAUCUUACAUGGAUUUUAUCAGAGAUGAGAUACCUUCAUAGAGCACUACAAUAACAAAAAAAGAUCAAACUUAUUGGAAUAACAAGUAUAUUUUUGAUGGCAUGCAAAAGAAACUAGUUCUUUUCCAAAAUUACUUUUACUUAAUAAAAAGCAGAUGAAUAACGAAACUCUGAUUAAUUACAAAAGUUUAAAAAUGAAUCAUAAGUGAGAUUAAAAAGGAAUGAAUUUAGAAGAACUAUUUUAGAAAUUAAAAGUAAAUAGAGGUCAUUGGAAACAAGUAAAUAUGCUGUAACAGAUGAAGAUUUAGCUUAACCAAUUUUCUAAAGAUCUCCUACACAUUUGGUAUUUAUGAAAAGAGAUAAUAGGAAAAUUAAAUUGAUAAUUAAUGGAACCAUUUAGAGAUGCUAGAUAAAAAACAUUUGAAAUUUAUAUAUGGACCUAAAACUUUUAAUCGAUAGAAAAAAGCAAUUAGCUAAAUAGAUAAUAAUUUCAAAGCUGAUAUAGAACUUUAGAAGUUGAAAUUUUAAGCUUAGAUGGAUUUUAGAAAUAAAUUAUUAAAACACAAUUCUUUUUAGACUUCUAAAGGGAAUGCUUAAGGCUUAGAAAUUAAUUUUUUAAGAUAGGUGAGACCAGAAUAUAAAGGGAUGCUAUUAUUGAAUUUGUCAUCCAUAGAAUAAUAAUGUUGCCCUACUUUAUAUUCACAUGUGAAGAAAUUUGACAGUUCAACAAGUAUGUAAACAAGAUAAAAGUAGUAAUCCACAAAAAAUAUCAGAUCAAAAAGUUUUAAUACAUAAUAAACUGAAAUUGAGGAAUAAUUGUCUAAUUAAAAAGUUUAUGAUGAAAUGAAUGAAUCAUUAUAAAGAUUUGAAAUUACAUUAAAAGAAAGAUGUUAAUAUUUAGAAAGUUGA